GAAUCACAAACGACUGUUUGCUCACAAAACUAAAGCAUUUGAAUGACAAAAGUGAGUUUAUUGCAGCAACUCAAUGAUGUAUGCAAGAGCUGCUUCAACCCACCGAAGAUUCUUGUUUCUCAGAAAAUACUCAACUUCUGGUACGCCCCUUAAAUUCACCAGGCUUGAUGAUGCCCUCCAACUGUUCGAUGAAAUGCUUCAGAGACAACCUCCGCCUUCUAUCGUAAAAUUUAAUAAGCUCAUUGCUGGUAUUGUUAAGAUGAAACAUUAUUCCACCGCCCUUUCCCUCUUUAGACAUAUACAUUCGAUGGGUAUCGAUUCUAAUAUCUAUACAAUCAACAUUUCUAUUAACUGUUAUUGUCGUCUAAAUAAAGUUGGUUUUGGUUUUGCCUUAUUAGCCACCACCUUCAAACAAGGUUAUCCAUCCAUUUUAUCAACAUAUAGCACCCUCAUUAACGGGCUUGUCCAAAGCUAUCGGGUUUUUGAUGCUGUUGAGUUAUUCUACAAACUCGUUCGAGAGAAAGUUUGUGAGCCUGAUCAGGUUAUGUAUGGAAUCGUUAUUAAUGGGCUUUGUAAAGUAGGUCAAACUAAAAAGGCCCUUAAAUUGCUCAGGUUCAUGGAAAAAGGCACGUGUAAGCCAAGGGUAGAACAAUACAAUGCAAUCAUCGAUAGCUUCUGCAAAGACAAAAUGGUUGAUGACGCGCUACAACUCUUCAGCCAAAUGAUUGAAAAAGGUGUUUCAGCGGACGUCAUCACUUACAAUUCUCUGAUUCAUGGUCUUUGUAACUUUGGUAGGGAGAUUGAGGCUACAAGAACGUUGAUUGAUAUGGAGGAGGACGGAGUUCCUCCGGGCGUUGAAACCUUUAACAUUUUGGUUAAUUCACUUUGCAAGCAAGGAGCCAUGAAAGAUGCUGAGCUUGCUGUGCAAACAAUGGUACGGAAAGGUCUACAUCCUGAUGUAAUCACUUAUAGUGCACUAAUUCAUGGAUACUGUUUGCGUGGUGAAGUAGAUGACGCAAAACAAGUGCUAGAUCGAAUGGUGGAGAAGGAUCUUGUACCCAACAUAAUAUCAUACAACACCCUCAUAAAUGGAUACUGUAAGAAGAGGAAACUCAAUGAGGCCAUACUUCUUUUCCAAAAGCUUCAAGAUGUGGGUGUGAUUCCGGAUAUCUUUACACUCAACAUCUGCAUCAACGGUUGUUGCCGCCUCAAUGACGUGAGUUACGGUUUUGCCUUAUUAGCCACUAUCUUCAAACAGGGUCAUUCCCCUAAUUUAACGACUUAUAACACCCUCAUCAAUGGGCUUGUUCUAAAUGAUCGGGUUUCUGAUGCUGUUAUGUUAUUUAAGAAACUCCUUCAAGAACACGUUUGUGAGCCUGAUCAGUUUAUGUACGGAACUGUUAUUAACGGGCUCUGUAAAGUAGGUCAAAUUAAGAGGGCCCUGGAAGUGCUUAGAUUCAUGGAAACAAGGCGGUGCAAACCCUGGGUAGAACACUACAGUCCAAUAAUCGAGAGCCUCUGCAAAGACAACAUGGUUGAUGAUGCACUACAACUCUUCACCAAUAUGACUGAAAAAGGAGUCUCUGCCGAUGUCAUUACUUACAAUUCUCUGAUUCAUUGUCUUUGUAACUUUGGUCGAGAGAGUGAGGCUACGAGAAUGUUGAUUGAUAUGGGGGAGAAAGGAAUUCCUUCAGAUGUUUACACCUUUAACAUUUUGGUCAAUUCAUUUUGCAAGCAAGGAUCCGUAAAAGACGCAGAGCUUGCUGUGCAAACUAUGGUACAAAAAGGUCUACAUCCCAAUGUAAUCACUUAUAGUGCGCUACUUGACGGAUACUGUUUGCGUGGUGAAGUUGAUGAAGCAAAACAAGUGCUAGAUCGCAUGGUGGAGAAGGAUCUUGUACCUAACGUAGUUACAUAUAGUAGCCUGAUUAACGGAUACUGUAAAAAGAAGAAAAUCAAGGAGGCGAUGACUCUUUUCCAAGAAAUUCCAAAGAAGGGUUUGAUUCCUGAUGUAUGUACUUACAAUACUCUAAUACAAGGUUUAUAUGAAUCCGGGAAUCCCGCAGUGGGUAAAAAACUGUUCAAUGAGAUGCAAGCCAAGGGUGUGACUCCAGAUAUAGCUACUUAUAGGAUCCUAUUCCAUGGAAUGUGCAAUAAUUCCCAUUGUUCUGAUGCGUUGGCUCUUUUUCGUUCUUUGGAUAGCAAUGAUUUGAUGGAAGAUGUUGCUCUUUAUGCUAUAUUGAUUGAUGGCUUUAGAAAAUGUGGAAAGCCAGAAUUGGCGUUGGACUUGGUUGAUGAACUUUUGGCAAAAAGUUUAAAGCCAAAUAUGAAGACAUAUACGGUGUUGAUACGUGUGCUUUGCGAAGAAGGGUUAUUUCAUAAAGCUAAAGAUUUGUUUAGAAAGAUGGACGAGCAUGGCUGUUUGCCAGAUAGUUUCACAUACAAUGUUAUGAUACGAGGUUUUUUGAAGAAAAACGAAUGUCAAGAGGCAGAGAUAUUCCUUGAAGAAAUGAUCAACCGAGAUAUUAUGCCUGAUUAUGCUACUUUGAAGAUGUUGCUAGACCUAAUUCCAAACACAGGGCAAGAUUCACGAAUACAGACUAUCAUUCAUAAGCUAGCAAAUGAAAGUAAAGAUGAAGUUUAACGUCUCAGUUCGUUUCCUGAAACUUCUAAAGCCCCAUCCCGAAGAAGUUAAGAGUGAAGUUACACAGAGAGAUGAAAAGGAAGGAUUUGAUAUAUAUUACCGAGUA